UAGGCGCCGUUGCUAGGGCGACGGGUAGGCAGGAGCGGCGGCAGCUAGGCAGGGAAGCUGCUUGAAACCCGGGGUUGGAGCAACCGCUGCCGGCGAUGGCUCACGAAGGCUCGAGGCAGAUCCGGGACCGCGGGGUGACCCGAUCCAAGGCGGAAAAGGCGCGACCGCCUACGGUUCAGGUACCACAGGUGGACAUCGUGCCUGGGCGGCUCACGGAAGCGGAAUGGAUGGCGCUCACGGCGCUCGAGGAGGGAGAGGAUGUUGUGGGGGACAUCUUGGCUGAUCUGAUGACGCGAGUCAUGGACUCUGCCUUCAAAGUCUACCUGACCCAGCAGUGCAUUCCAUUCACCAUCAGUCAGGCCCGGGAGGCGAUGCUGCAGAUCACCGAGUGGCGCUUCCUGGCCAGGGACGAGGGAGAAUCUGCAGUGGCCGAGGACCCCACGUGGGGCGAGGACGAGGAACCUUUGGCAUGCACAACGGAUGCCUGGGCUCAGGGAUCAGUGCCCGUGCUGCAAGCGCCCGCCUCUGUGGGGCUGGAGGAGAUCUUCCAAGGCGAAGACCGAGGGAGCGUGGACCAGAUCUCUUUAGGAAGAUCGUGGACGGCGAGAGGCUCUCAGGAGCAGAUGGAAUCUUGGGAGCCUUCUCCAGAGCUGCGAGUCACUCCGGGCCCCCCACCUACCCCAGAGCUGUUUCAGGAGACAGGGACCGAGGGCCUUUUAGAGGAACUGGACGUCCAGGCCGGAGACCAUCAGUCUUCGGCUGGAUCCUUGAACUCGAGCAGCCAGCUGUCGGUGGAGAUGGCUCUCGACGGCAGUCCCCCACCUUUUCCGGAUCUGUCCCAGGUAGCCAGCACCCAGGCAUCAGCCCAGAGGGUACCGCCCCGCAGCUCCCAGUUCUCGCUGGAGGACCUCUAUCAUUGCACCGCCCAGCCGCACGCGGCUGGGGACUGGCUGAAGCUCAAGAAGGAGAAAGUGCCCUGCAUGGACUCGGGCGUGUCGGUGGCCGGCCUCUCCUCUUCAUUCGAGCCACAGCAGCCUAGCACCCCAUCCAGACUGGUGCCCCAAAGCCUCAGGUGACCAUGAGACAGCUAACGAAGGACUCAACACCCAAAGUGUGGCCACUCCUCUCCAAGGACCUGACCCAUUCUGGGUCCUGAAGCUCAGCCAGUACUUUCCUUCUUUCUACUUGCCAGAAUAAACACCUCAGUUGCUUUAA